AUGGACUCUAGCAGACAGGCAUGGCUACUGCCCAAGCCUGUAGGAAUCGCUUCAGAAGCAUCUUCACUGGGACAGAACAUGACUGUCAUCCCUGGCGCCUCCGUGCCUACAUUUGCAACCCUGCCUGUUCUCCCACCUGCCCCUCAACGAGCACCUCAGUUAUUUUGGGAGCCCCCAGCACCCCUUGUGACUGCAGGCAUCUCUCCCAGGAAUCCUUUAGUGCUAUCUGCCUUGCCUGGGAUGUCUUUGGUGGCAGGAGAUGGAAACACUGGCCUAGGUGCAGCUGUUCCUCUUAACAUUGUACAAGUUGGGACACCAGGCAGGCCUGUCCAGCCUGUGCAGAAUGCCAACAUUGUCCUCACUCAGGUGCCUCUCAAUUGUAAUGUCCCUGGGACCCAAGGUGGGGGCACGGGGCACCCUGCUUCAUUCUUCAUGACAACAUCUGCUGCAAACACCUUGAUAAAUGCCAGAAGUGCUUCAGCUGUCCAACCCCAAGAAGGCACAUGGGUUCUGGGGCCUCGCCCUCCCACCACCCAGCCAGCUGUCCAGCUGGUUUCUGUCAGGUCCCCAGUGAACUCAGUACCACCUCCAAAAGCAGCAUAUGGAGAGAGUGGCCCAGCCAGCGUCCAGACCAACUCUUCAGAAAACUACUUGUCCAAACCAGACAGCGUCUAUGGGAACUUCCGGCGCUGGCAGCAUAUCAAGACGCUGGUCCAGAGGCACCUGCCCCAGACUCCCGAUGUGGCAGCUUUCUCCUGCUUCCUCAUCCCAGUGCUUCGGUCCCUGGCCCGGAGGAAGCCCAGCAUGAAUGUGGAGGAGGGCCUGUGGAGAGGUCUGCAAGAAUGGCAGUGCACAAGCAACUAUGACCGGAUGAUCUUCUUUGAGAUGGCAGAAAAGUUCACAGAAUUUGAGAGUGCAGAAGAGAUGGAAAAUUCGAGGCCAGAGAUGGUGAGAAGUGCCCAGCGCCAAGUUCUUACAACCACGCCAAGGCAAGAUCAUCCAAGGCCCCCGGUCUCUGAGGUGGUUGAGAAACAAGUGUAUAGGUCCAGGAAGACUAUCACCAAGUUUGACUCUGCCCACCUCCCAGCACUCAGACAGCAGCACUUUAAAAAGACAGAGAAACCCAUUGAAAUUCCAUCCGAAGCUGUGCAGGAGUACAUUGAUAUCAUGGACUGGUUGGAGGGCCUUUCGAGGUCGUUCAUAGGCGAGCCCAAGGAGAAGGAGGACGAUGAGGACAUUGGGCCAGAGCAGGAAGAUGACAUGUACUCAGACGAAGGACUCCUAAGCUACAUUGACCAGCUGUGCUCCCAGAAACACUUUGUUGAGCAAGUGGAGGCCAUAAUAAAUCCCCAGUUUGUGGCAGAAAUCCUAUCAUCCAAACCAGAGAUGGACAUACUGUCUCUAACCAAGGAGCUGGAGUAUGAGGAAAAACUCACUGUUGACCAGCUGCUGGAGAAGCACUUCCUGGUACUGAAGAAGAAAGGAGGUGAGAGGACACUUCUAAAACCCAGUGCCCUUCAGACACCCGCCAGAGCUUCUGUACCGACUGUCUGCCAGGGUGCAGAGAGCAAUGACCAUAAUUCUCAAAGAGGAUCCAGUGCACUGACUGGUUCCUCACAAAUGGCUUCCUUAGGCCAGCAGUAUCCUGGAGCCACCAAUGUAGAAGAAAUACGGGGACCUAAGCCUGCCACUGUCCUCCUAGGUCACCAAGGUUCAGCCUCACUGGUAGACAUCGGAUACAGUGUCAUUCCCUACAGCAGAGGAGCCCAUCUCCAAGGCCUGGGGUCCAGAUGGGCAGAGAGCCUCAGAAGUGCUUCUACUACUGAGGAGCCCCAUGAGCCACUGGGCAGAAGCAUCGAGGACAAGGAGGAGCUCCCUAGCCUGUCCUUCCUCCUGUCUUCCCAGUACAGACUGAUGCCAUGGAAACUAUCCGACCAACUGUGCCCCUAUGCAGAUCUCUCUGACUCUGACAGUAUCCCCAGACUAUCUCCAAAGAUAAGGGGCCUCAGUCCUGAUCCAUCUCCAAUUGCCAAGUCAAAGAAGCGAGCUUUCAUUGGAAGCUUAGUUCCUCUAGCUAAGAGGCCUAAUUUGGGGCCUGAUCACGGGAUGCUGGAAGGGCCACUCACAGCUCUGGAGCUGGCUCACCUCUCGCAGCCUCAGAAGAGGAAGCAUGAGCCACUAGGUAUUCGGAAGAGGAAGAGGAAGAAGAGGCACUGA